AUGCCACCCAGAGUAACUCGCUCUUCAGCGAGACUUGCCGCUCCGGCCCCCCCUACCACCGACCCUUCUACUCAGACCACUCCUGCCAAUUCUUUCCAACCUCCUCCGCCAUCCAACGCCACCGCCUCGUCCUCAUCCCGCAAGCGCAAGCAGUCCCAGGACGAUCCAUCUCCGCCUGCCCCUUCGGACACCGCUCAACCCCGCAGAUCCAAGAGAGCUCGCCUUUCCAACCCUCCACACUCGCCCACAUCACCAGACGACCAUGCCUCGACCAGCAAGCCUAGGUCGUCCCGUAGAAAGAGUAACCAAGGUCCGCCAAACCUUCCUUCCAUCUCUCUUCAUCAUGCCUCUGACUCUGUCCUAGCUCCCACCUCUGCUCAACCUUCGUCCUCACGCAAGUCUUCAAAGAAGUCCUCACACAAGAAAGACGCUUCGUCCAGUCGCCCCGAGCCCGAACCACCACGCAUGCCCGUUGAGCAUCAUGACGACGAGGAUGAUUCCGAGCACAACGAUGAUGACGACCAGGGAAUAGACGAAGAUGACGAUGAAGAUGCUGCCGCCGCUGCCGCUGCUGCUCUAGGAUAUUCGGGAGGUGAACCAGGCGACGACCCUUUCUCUGGCGCCUUUCUUAGCCGCUCAGGCAUGCCUGCUGGACUCUCAAGCACCCUUCGCGCCCUCAGUGGUAUGAUGUCUGGCAUGACAACCCGUCUACGAGGUAUCCUGGAGAACCUCCGAGCAAAGGAGGACCCCUCGGUCCAAAUGGUCGCUCUCACUGAGCUCUCCGAAAUUUUGCUCGUGUCCAAUGAAGAUAAUCUUGCUGGCCACUUCUCCCCUGAUCAGUUCGUCAAGGAGUUGGUGGAGCUCAUGCAGCCGAACGACUUUACUGGUGAAGAGAACCCUGAGAUGAUGCUGUUGGCUUGCAGAUGUAUCGCAAACUUGAUGGAAGCCCUGCCCCAGGCAACCGCAAGUGUCGUGUACGGUGGCGCUGUCCCUGUUUUGUGCCAGAAGCUCCUCGAGAUCCAUUACAUUGACGUUGCCGAGCAAGCACUCAGCACCUUGGAGAAGAUUUCGAUCGAAUUUCCUGCCUCUAUCGUUCGUGAAGGUGGGCUGAACGCUUGCUUGACUUACCUCGAUUUCUUCGCAACAAGCACCCAAAGAAGCGCCGUUACUACUGCCGCAAACUGCUGCAGAAACCUCUCUGAAGACUCGUUCCCUACCGUACGCGAUGUCAUGCCUAUCCUUCUCAACGUCCUGUCGAGUAGUGAUCAGCGGGUUGUCGAACAAGGCUCGCUCUGUGUUUCUAGGAUCGUAGAGAGCUUCAGAUAUCGCGAGUCCAAGCUCGAAGAACUGGUCAGUCCCGAACUGCUGAAGGCUGUUCUCAGACUACUCUUACCUGGCACAACCACGAUGAUUGGACCCAGCAUCCAUACCCAAUUCCUGCGCGUUCUGUCCAUCACCGCAAGAGCAAGUCCGCGACUGGCGGUUGAAUUGCUGCGUAUGGAUGUUGUUGAUACUCUCUACCAAAUCCUCACCGGAGUCUCGCCCCCAGCAAGCAACGACGAUGCUGCUGUCAAGAUUGAUAAGAACAUCAUUAUGCAAGCUCUCAUCCGCACGCCACGCGACCAGAUCUUCGAGACUCUGAACGUUGUCUGCGAGAUCCUUCCUAGUGUUUCGCCAGAUAAUCUCAUGUUCAUCAACGACCUCACUGACGCUGGUAAUUCUGGUUCGGGCAACGUCUCAAUCGGCACUCGUGCUCGUAACUCGCCUAAUGACAACCGCUUGGAGCUCUUGCAAGGGUGUCAGCCUGAGGUUCGACGCUUUGCAGUGAUCCUAUUCCCAACUUUGAUGCACGCAUACACCAGUACUGUCAACCUUAGCGUCAGGCAGAAGGUGCUCACUGCACAGCUGAAGAUGCUUUCUAAUCUCGACACUGAUGUACUCAAGGUUGCCCUCUCCGGCGUGGCUUACGCAUCACAUCUUGCAUCGAUCCUAACACAAGAAGAGAACCCAAUGCUUGUCACAUUUGCAUUGCAAAUCGCCGAACUUCUUCUCAGGCGUCUGGAGUCUACAUACAGACCUCAAUUCUACCGUGAAGGUGUUAUGGCUGAAAUUAGCAAGCUUGCACAGCGCGAACUCACUCCCAGCAACACCACUGAGGCAGAUACCACCUCAGCGCCGCCUGCUGAUGCACCUUCUCUCUCCGCAGACCUCCCUGUGAGACCCGAGCAUGGUGAAGACGAGGAUGGAGAGCCCAGCGAACUUGAUUAUCCUGAUGAAGGGUCUGCUGGAGAACACGAUGAUGAUGAUGAUGGUGACCAUGACGACGACGAUGAUGAUUUGGGAUCUGACUCUGGAGCACCAAACCUGCAUACACCUCCUACUGCCAGCGUUCGGGACAUUAUCACGUCCCGAGCCCGCAAGUUUGUCGAGGCCUACCAGACCGAUGGUGGACUCGGUGAAGCUUCGAGAGCAUUGUCGGAGCUCAAGCAGCUCGCUCAGGACCUUCGCGAGUGCUACACUACAAACAAAUUAUCCGAUGGUCCCGCACUAUUCCAACGCUUAGCCAAGCACUUCUAUGGCGACUCUCUCGAGACCAUCACGAGCUACGAGUUGCUUACCUCUGAUAUCGUCUCAACCCUUCUCGAGAUCUUCAAGUCUUCAGACAUCCACACAAGCCGUGCUGCCAGGUCGGCUUUUUUGGAUGCGUUCAUGUCACAAAGAAGUCAGGCCACAGCUGCGGUCAGCGACACAGCUUCCCCAGCCACUGCUUUCAGUUCUUUGGUCCACAAACUACAAGACCUGCUCAGCCGUACGGAGCACUUUGAGGUAAUCACUGUUCACCAGAACGCCUCUGAUAGCAGUAGAAGUGGCGCAGCAUCUAUGCUUGCCAAGCAGCUGCGCAUCAAGCUAUCAGCAGACGAUGACUCUGGCAUUCCUCGUCCUUACAGAAACAUCAUGGUCUCGAUUCAUGCCAUCGCGACGUUCAGAGCUCUUGAUGAUUAUCUCCGCCCACGAAUCAGUCUCGCAGAGAGAGCUGUACGCAGCCGUGACGCACUGACUAACAGCCUCGCCGAAGCAGUUACUCGCCAGGAUGGAAGUGCUACAGAAGGCGCUUCGACUCCCCCUGCAAACAAGCGUGCCCAUACAAGAGCAUCGAAAUCUGACACUACCCCUCAGAACAGCGGUGAUGCAACUAGCCGUCUGCGUAGAUCAUCUCGUAAGGUCUCACAGAAGGACUCUGAUGCGGCCGAAGACGACCAACACCAGCUUGAAUGCGUCGAUGAAGCUGCUCUCUCCGACGAAGACGAGGAGGAUGAAGAGGACCUUGACGCCAUCAUUGACGACCUCGACGACGAAGAUCAAGACAUGGACGAUGCCGACCAGGACACUUCGGCAGUAAAUCUGGAAGUUGCUAACAGCGGUAAAGUGACUGCUCACAAGGAGGAUGGCACUCGCAUCAGCACUCCGCUGCAAGGAUCACAGCAGUCUGCGACCUCUCGCACUUCUGCUUCUGCGAGACUUGCCGCGGCUCGGGAACUACUCUCUACGCCUACCUCCCAGAGACCUGCUGCCAAAACUCCUUCACUCCAGCCUGUCUCUCAGGAUUGGCACAUUGAAUUCAGCGUUGAUGGUCAGCCCUUGUCAAAUGACACUACAAUCUACCGCGCUGUUCACUUCAACCAGACCAAUCCUGAUGAGGUUUCGGGCCGCAACAUCUGGUCAACACUGCACAAGAUAUCUUUCAGACGUGCUCCCGGGCCCCCUCCUGCAGAAUCUAGCACACUGCAUUCUUCCUCCGACGCAUCUGCAGCAUCAACUUCUGAGCUGCCACCUUCGCUUAGUCAGCAUCCUGCUACCGCCGCCAUUCUUCGUUUGAUGAGCACUCUGCAUGACAUGAACGCCAAUUUGGAGGAUAUCAUCGCCGAAGAACAAAGCAAUGACACACAGAUGAGCUCAGAGCCGUUGGCCCAGUUCGUCAACACCAAGUUGACCGCCAAGCUCAACCGCCAACUUGAAGAGCCUCUCAUCGUUGCCAGCAACUGCCUUCCCACUUGGAGUGAGGACCUUGCUCGCCUGUAUCCCUUCCUAUUCCCAUUCGAAACCAGACAUUUCUUCCUCCAGUCGACCUCUUUUGGCUACUCAAGAUCUAUGACUAGAUGGCAGAAUGCCCAAUCAGAGAAUGAGUCCAGGCGCCAUCGUGAUGAACGGCCUUUCUUGGGUCGUCUACAGAGACAGAAGGUUCGCAUCUCUCGCAGUAGAAUUCUAGAAUCUGCCAUUAAGGUUAUGGAGCUUUAUGGUUCAUCUCCAAGCAUCCUUGAGGUCGAAUACUUUGAGGAGGUCGGAACCGGCCUCGGUCCAACUCUUGAGUUCUAUUCGACAGUGUCCAGGGAGUUCUCCAAGAAGAAGAUCAAGCUCUGGCGUGAGAAUGAGUCGAUUGCUGGUGAUGACUACGCUUUCGGCAUGCGCGGCUUGUUCCCUGCACCGAUGAGCGAGGAGCAGUCGAAGGAUGACCAUGGAAAGAAAGUGCUGCACUUAUUCAAGAUGCUGGGCAAGUUCGUUGCACGUUCCAUGCUCGACUCGCGCAUCAUCGAUGUCUCCUUCAACCCCACCUUCUUCCGCAUUGGCGCUGGCAACUCUACAAUCAAGCCGUCCCUCGGUGCUGUUGCUUCUGUGGACAAGGACCUUGCCAACUCCUUGAAGCCACUCGUACGUUGUGCUAGGGCAAAGCAGGAAAUCCAAGACGAUGCAGGACUUUCCUCAGAACAGAAGACCCAAGCUAUCGAAGACAUCAGGAUCAAGGAUGCAUCAAUUGAGGAUCUUGGCCUUGACUUCACACUGCCUGGCUACCCCACCAUCGAGCUACAACCUAACGGUGCUGAAAUCGAUGUAACCAUUGACAAUGUUGAGCAGUAUGUCGAGAAGGUCAUUGACUUUACUCUCGGUCAAGGAGUACAAAGACAAGUCGAUGCGUUCUGCGCUGGCUUCUCACAGGUCUUCCCGUACUCGGCUCUCAAGGCGUUCACGCCUGAUGAGCUGGUGAUGCUGUUUGGCCGUGCAGAGGAGGACUGGUCCCUUGAGACACUUAUGGAUUCGAUCAAGGCAGAUCACGGCUUCAAUCUCGACAGCGCAAGCGUCAAGAACCUUCUGCAGACCAUGUCAGAGUUUACUCUGCCCGAAAGACGCGACUUCCUGCAGUUCGUCACUGGUAGUCCUAAGCUCCCUAUUGGAGCAGGAUUCAAAUCAUUGACUCCUAUGUUCACUGUGGUGUGCAAGCCCAAUGAGCCUCCAUUGAUGCCUGAUGACUACCUGCCCAGUGUCAUGACAUGCGUCAACUACUUGAAGAUGCCUAACUACACCUCUCAAGAAAUGCUGAGAGCCAAAUUGAGUGUUGCGAUCAAGGAAGGACAAGGAGCUUUCCAUUUGUCGUAA